GAAGUGUGUGAGGAUUUGGCGAUAUUAACCAACGGCGGUCGCCUCCCUUACAUCCCCGGCAGCCGCUGUUGGUCCGACGUCAGCCAUGUCUGCAACCGCGACGACUGCGGCCGUCUUCGCAUCGAGUCCCGCCACGCGGAAUCCCGGUCGUUCCCCGCAAGAACACCCGGGAAUCCAUUCUUUCUGAGGGAUUCCUUCGCUUCUUCUUCGAGUUCAAGAUCGUCUCUUUUCGGUCGCACAUCCUUCGUCGCGAGCCGAUCGAUACAUGGGGGGUCCACCAGGCGGAGCUCGCUUUCCACCACGGGCGUUAGACCUUUCUCUCCGGUCAUGCAAUGGCAGGACUGCACGGUCAAGAUGGAGAUGGACGUACCUAUUUCGGUGGCAUAUAAAUGUUACUCCGAUCGUGAAGCAAUUCCUCGUUGGAUGCCUUUUAUUUCUUCUGUAAAGAUCUUGGAGGAUAAACCUGAUUUAUCAAGGUGGUCUCUAAAGUAUAAAGCCUUCGGUCAGGACAUUGAAUAUUCUUGGCUUGCUCGAAAUAUGCAGCCAAUCCCAAACCAGAAAAUCCACUGGAGAUCUCUAGAAGGUCUAUCGAACAGAGGAGCUGUUCGGUUUUAUCCAAAAGGUCCAUCUUCCUGCAUAGUAGAACUGACUGUUUCUUAUGAGGUGCCUCAACUUUUGGUUCCUGUUGCAUCGGCACUCCAACCUUUUCUCGAGAGUUUACUGCGACGUGGUUUGGAACGCUUUGUAGUGUUAGCUAAGAGCUACUAAGAAGACCGAAAAUACCUAAUUAUCUAACAAAGAUUUGUGGAAUGUAACAUUCCGAAUGGUUACAUGCUGGAUCGUUUCCAUAUAGGGGCAUCCGAACCAUUCUUAAUGGAAAUCAUCUGUAUUCUUUGCCGGCAUGAACUACAUUCUUUCACCCAACUGUUGUGUUAUACUUCCAUUCUUUCAAUAAGUGAAUUAUGAUAUUCAUACA